GUGCUGUGUUUGCGGCGGAAGACAAUGGUAGCGAUCAGGAAGCGCCCUGCGUGUCACGGUGGUUGUAAAUAAUGGCGGCGAUGGCUGCUGUGGUCUGUGUGCGGCUGGGAGCUCGGCAGCUGGUAUACAGAGCACCGGGGAGCCCUGGACGGGUAGGUGAGAGCCAGGGAGGCAUGGCCCCAACCAGGGAUAACCUCCUAAUCCCCAUGUGUACAGAGCCUGUCUCCUGGGGUGAGCUGGAUGCAGACACAUGUUCCAGCUCCCAUUCACCCAGUGCUAAUUUCCUUAUUGGAGGGUCACCUUGGGCUACCUACCUGCAGGGUGGGUCUGGCACAGCUUAUAUUGGGGAGGCCAACAAAUAAUCAGCUGCUGAGCCUUUAUAAAUCCCAUCCAUUGUAUUUUAAGUACAUUUCACCCCAUGGACACAAAUUAUAUGCAAUUGCACACCAUGAGCUUGGUGACCUAUUUUUGGCUUGUCACACAGUGUAUAGUGCAAUGCAUCAUGCUAAUCAUCUUUAUUGUAAAAAACUUUGUGUUAAAUGUAUCUCCUCCAUUGCACAUAGCAACGCCAUGCUCCCUCAGUAAACACUUUAUGGUGGGCACUUACCUGGGGUCUGAAUAUGUCUUGUUUCUGUUCUAAAGAAAAAAGGGACCUGUUGUAAAUUCUAAGUCCCGAGUAGGUCUGACCGGUUCAUAAUGUUUACCUGGAUAAGCAUAGUCUCUUCACGUAGAUAAGCAUCACAUUAAUAGUGCUGCCUUGGCAUUGUGAAUUAAUAUUCUACGGGAAGAAAGAAAGUAAAUGCAUUAACAAAGCAGGGAUCCUUAACCCUUUAAAGACACAACUUCUGGAAUAAAAGGGAAUCAUGAUGGAAUAUUUCCAUCAUGUGUCCUUAAGGGGUUAAAUAAUCUGCACUGGUUUCUUAAUUUACCCCCUGCCUUAUGUGUUCUACACAACUACAGAGGAGCUCUUUUGCUACACAUCAUAAAUGUGGCAACCAUUACACCCUCCCACCCCCCCCCCAAUCCUGGGGUCUCUAACCAAUAAUAUGCUGCUUUAGGGGGCGGAGCUUGCGGCCAACGAGGGUAGACGCCAUCUCAGCCAGCUCCCCGCAAUUCGCCUAAAACCCACCGAAAAUCGCGGGCAUCCUACCCCAUAAGGCGACGCAACCCGGCCGACCUACCUCACCGAGAGUUCCUGCAUCCGUCGAUGCCGUUCUUCCAGCCGCCCAGACAGGCAAAAAUAAAACGCAGGUCUGGGGCCUACUGCGCAACGCCAGCCUACAGCCUGGACGACCUACUCGCAAUCGGCAGAGUGGGACACAGCCUGCAACUCCCAGACACCUCAUCCCCACAUCAAAUGCCAGCAAUGGGACGUCGGUCCCAAAAACCACACACAGCGGCAGAGUGCAGGGAUAUUGGCACCAUGCUGCAACGACCGGCGCCGGGCAAAACACCCUCCACAGAGGUACUGCAGCCUACACACAUUGAAGCCACGAGGCAGAGUGAUGAGGUAGGGAUCACACAAGCCCUGCAGACAGAUCAGGCCCCAUCCCAAGAGCCCUAUGAUGGCACAGCUCCCACUACCAAAGCUGAUUUAAAGGCACUGCUGGCAGACAUACACAAGGUCUGGGCUGCAGACCUCCAGCAAAUAAAAGCAGACAUACAGGCAGUCACAGGCCGAGUAACACAAGCUGAAACAAACAUCGGCAGCAUUAACUCUGACUUGACCACAAUUAAAGACACAGUUACUCAGCUCCAAGUGCACCAAUCAGCCUUGUCGCUCAGGCUGACGGCCUUUGAAGACAGACUACGCCGCAACCAUGUUAAGAUAAGGGGAGUCCCUGCUAACAUUAGCGCAGAUGAACUACCACACUAUGCCAGGCGAUUGAUGGCGACCAUCUUACCUCACCCAGUGACCAGGAAAUUAACCAUUGAAGGAACAUUUUGACUACCAGGCUCACCCACGGCAAAACCAGGCCAAAUGCAAGACGUCAUACUCCGCUGCGCCACCUCUCAGGAUAAGGCCCAGAUUAUGCUAGCCCUGAAGGGUAAAACACCGCUGUCCUUUGAAGGCGCCUCUCUAACCUUCUACCAGGACCUCACACGAGCCACACUGCAAUGGCGCAAAUCAUUGGCACCGAUCACUUCCCAACUCAGAACAGCUGGGGUGACAUACAGAUGGGGCCCCCCUGGAACGCUAUAUGCUACGCAUAACGGGACUGUCCACACACUAGAAGCAGGGGCAGAUAUACCCUCUUUCCUUGCAUCACUAGGCAUAGCAGGCCAGACCGUAAGAACACAAGACAAACCAUCCAAAGCCUGGGACCCAGUGAACACGGCCAUAUUCACACCGAGAGCCGCCACAUCAGGGGAAAUGGAGCCUUAGCAGGACUGAACACUAAAUACUUAAACGCAACUCGACAAGACAGCCGAACACCCCAACAAAGCCGUACUGUUUAAAAUGUGUUCAACGUUUAGCAUUAAUGCUUCAGUUUAUGUUUUUAAACUACACGACGGCUAGUCAUGAAAACCCGAAUUUGGGUUGACAAUUACACGACCGAGAUGGCGAUUACCCCCCAUAAUCCCCAACAAAUACCCCCCUCAGGAGUGGGCGAACUACACAAGGGAGCGUAUAUACCCACACCCUCACUCUCUUCCCUACACUAGUUAUACACUAACCCUCAGGCACGAGACCUACCAACUCACCUGAUGCUCACUAGGCAACCCUGAUACCACACACCCUGGCAACCAGCUCAGUAUAGAGCCUACUCAGUCAGAUGCAAAACGUGACCUACCCACAGAGAAGCAACAUACACAAUACCCCCGAACCCUUAAGUGACAAUCCCCCCCCCCCAAGGGAUCACUAUAUGGCACCUACACAGGGCUUCUUCAGCCUGACCUAACUUAAGAUGAUGAAAAGCAAAAUCUCCUCCUCAUGCGCCUAGACCAUCUCAGACAAAACGCUAACCUACACCCAAUCAAACUAGGCAUACUUGUCUAACACAUACAAUCUAUCUAUUAGAUGCAAAUCUCAUAUAGGAGAUUACUUAACUUAGCUUGUUCAUACAACUCAUUAAAUGUAAAAAUGUGCAAGUUUUAACGCAUAACUUACCUAUGUUCAAAUAAUAAUGCGCUUGUGGAAGCUGUUGUGGCUAUACAAGCACUGCUGUAAACCCAUGCACAACAAAAAUAAAGAAUUAAAAAAAAAAAUAUGCUGCUUUAAAUUAAUUACACUGUGACUUAGAGAUUGUGACAAACAUAGUUUUUUUUUUUUACAUUCAUUACUUCCCAGCAAGAUGCUUUUUUUGUAGGAAAGUUUGACACGGGCAAGCAAUGAUGCUAUAUGCCUAUAUCGCAGUUAUAUUUGCUUUGUUCACUUUAUUCCCAUUAGGUUGUGACCGAUAAAACAUGGAGCAAGUACGCCAAAAAUAUUCGUCUUUUCAGUACAAUUCCACCUUCCGCACCAAAAAGAAAGUAUGGGGUAUGUAACUCUUAAAAUAAUACAAAUACCUUUUGCUUUUUAAUUAGGAUCUUUUUGUUAUUUAUUGUAAUUUUUUUUAUUUGUCUUGCUGUUAAUUUAUGGCUUUAAUAAAGCUGUGUAAUUCAAUGUAUUAAGUUCUGAUAUGUUUCAAUCCCAUACAUGAAAUGAUCCUGGUUCCCCCACCAUGGGACGCUAGAGGGAUCACUCCUUCUUGGGGACUUCCAGAAUGUUCGCUUUCUCACCAUGAUACAUUUUAUCUCUCACAGCCUCGGGAGAAUCCCAGGGCAUUGCAGCUGAGAUGAUUAUUGCAGCAGUUGUUGUGUAGUGCUAUUGUAUAGCAAAUGUAAAAGCAUUAUGUGAAAUGUUUGCACACAUUACCAAUCUGUUGUAUAUUCGGUAAUGUGAUUUUAUAAUUUUCAUUAAUUUAUCCCCCUAUUUAAUUCACAUUAUGCAGUUUUAGUUAAACAGUCUGUAUUGUAAGCUCAUCCAAUCUCUCUCCUAGUAGCCGGUUACAUGGAAAUCUCUGGUGGUUACAGUCGCGUUGGGAGGGGCUUUUAUGGGUGGAAUGAAAUACCUGAAGAAAGUCAAGGAAGAAAGUGAGUCUCAAAGAUUUAUUACCCCAUUUUAGGGGGACAAACCUUAUUAUUUAGAAUUCACAUUUAUGUUAAUACAGGGUGAUGCAAUGAAUCUAGUAGCCAGAAUGGGUUUAACCCCAAAAUGGAUAAGCAGCCUGGCACCAAAAAGAGGGGAAGAAAUGCAAAAAAGCUUUGACAGAGUCACCACAAAAUGCACCAGGUGAAACCAGCUUGUUGUUUGCCAGCUCCUAUGUUUCCUAAAUGACUCUGAUCUUUCUUAUGGUGUCUAGACGUGAGAAGUCAGUGUUCUCUGCGGCUAUUAACUGGCUGCAAAGAUGACACCCAUUUGAGAAUGGACUACUGUAGGACUGAGCAGAAGAUUGUUAUUCAUAUGUUGCUAUGUGACGCUAGUAUCGAUAGACAGGGAACAUUUCCCUACAAUCACAAGUGGAUUUGUAGAUGGUUUAAAUAUUCCAAAGAAUUUUGUUUAAAACAACUUGGUAGAUAUGCCCCCAAUAAAAACAUGCAUGCAUUUAUUGCUGCAUUUUAUCUUUUGGGCUUUAAUCUAAAAUUAGCUUGGAAAAGCUGCAGAACUCUUGUCUGCAGCCUUGCAAGCCCUCCAGUUUGCACGCCACGACUUUCUGUGUCUGUCCAAUCACAGACUGCCCAAUACAGCUCAAUGAGAAGCAAGGUAGGUGCUCUGGGCAAUUGCUGCCUCUUUAGUUCAGUUCAAAUAAGCUACCCAAACCAGGAAGUAACAGGACUGGUUUUCUCACAAAGUGGGGGAGAAGGAAAGGUUCAUUUAUAAUUGCUUAAAUUUCUAUUGAAAUCUGCACUUUUCAUGAAAUAAAAAUGUAAAAAAAAAAACGCACACUCUACACAUAAAACAUUUAGAAACUGAAGUGCGUUUGGCAUUUGUCGUUUUCCUUUAACUCCUGCAAGAUGCAUAUCUACAUGCAGGCAGGUGGUGGUGUAUGCAUUAUUAGACAUUUGUAAGUGUUUAUUACACAGGUCAGAGGUGAUCUAUUUCCUUUCCUUCAUAUUUUUUUUUGGAGUUGCACUUGUUAUAAUUACUGCUUUCUAUUUCGUUUUGUUGAUACAGUAUUGUUGCUCUUUUGCAAUUUUAUUUCUAUUUUUUAUUUAAAUUUAUUUUGUAUUCUGAGCUCUAACUAGUUUAUUUUGAUAUUUUUGCUGCACUUGUAUUACAUUAACACAAAUAAAAAUAGCAUAAACCAAUUAGUUAUGGUUUGGUCCAUAGUGUUAAAACUGCAGUGGUUUGCAAAACUCCCUACAUCCACAAUCUCACCCGUCACUCAUAGAUGUCACCUUGUCCCUUCCAAAUACUUGUGCAGGAUCCUGAGCGGCUUCAUGCAACUGUUAAAGGAGUUCGCAAUUUAAAUUGUCAGCAGCUUAUGCAGUAGUUCCAAUCAUCUUAUCUGAUAAAUGGAACUGCUACAUACCCAACAAACCCCUGCUGAACAGAAAUCUCUGCAAUACUCUGAUACCAGGAUGCACAUGUUGGCGCCUCUGUCCUUUUUGUCAGUCAUUCCUCCCUGACUUCAUUCUCUCUCUCUCUGGUAACAUAUCCUCUACAUCAUGGGCUCCUAACCCAGUCGUCAAGUAUCCCCUACCAGUCCAGAAUUUAGGAAUUGCCCUGUUGUGUCUAAAGUGUGUUUUUUUUUUCUCUCUAAAAACACCUUAGACACAACUGGGUAACCCCUAAAUCCUAGAUUGUUAGGGGUACUUAAGGACUGGGUUGGGUACCACUGCUUUACAGCAUUGAAACAGUUAUUUGUACUAGAAUACCCUGUUGCCUGACCCCUGAUUUAAUGACUAAAUGUUAGGAACAGUUUGAUGUUAUCAAUGCCAAUUUCAUCCAAAUUAAAUGGUAGGUUCAGCACUGUGUGAUGUGAUAGAUGUAUAUAUUUCCCUCCUGGCUUGAGAUGUGGUUUGUUGACCGGGCCCUUGUGAAUAGCUGUGCUCUUCUUCUUUCUACUGCAGAUAUUGAAAAAGAAAGAAAUCGUUCCAUAGGGAAGCCAUUACUCGGCGGACCUUUUUCUUUAAUCGACCACAAUGGACAACCUAAAACAGAUAAAGAUUUUCAUGGCCAGUGGGUCCUGCUGUACUUUGGAUUCACACAUUGUCCAGACAUUUGCCCAGAGGAAAUUGAAAAGAUGAUUCUUGUCGUUGAUGAGAUUGGUAAUUCUUUAUGUAUCUGUCAGAGUGGGUGAGACUAAUUCCAAAUUUGUUCAUAGAAAGUAACCUGCGUAUGAGUGUGGACAAAUGAAGUUGAAAUAAUGCAAAAAAAAUAAAUAAAAUGCACAUCUUACAGUAUUUUAACAUCUAUCUUUUACAGAUAAGAUCCCAACAAUCCCUAAUCUAACACCUCUUUUCAUCACGAUUGAUCCUGAACGUGACGACAAAGAUGCAGUCAGUAGAUAUAUUAAAGGUUGGUAAGGUCACUCUUCUUAAUCUAAAAUUUUCUCAGCUUGCUAUCCUAUUUUAAUGGUUUAAUAUUUCACUGCACCUUAUAUUUUCCCAGCCCUGUAGUGAUCCUGGUCACAAGUGCACCCACUGUGAUUUGUACUGUUUUGUCGAUGCUAAUUUCACUGAUGUGCACUCAUUUUGUUCCUUUCCAAUUUUAAAUUUCACCAUGUUUGAAUGCAUUGUAAAUAGACAUUGCAGCCUAGAUGUGACCUAAUUUUUAAAAUUCCAUCAUAAAGUGAAUACAUCUCAAACUAUGCAAAAAAAAAAUACAAAUUACACUUUUUAAAAUAAAUUUUUUUUUUUUCUGCUGGCUCGUGCAAAAUCUAUGGUGAAUAAUGUAAAAUAUCCUUUUUUUUUUUUUUUUUUUAAGAAUUCUCUCCCAAACUGAUUGGAUUAACUGGGUCAGUUGAACAGAUCGAGGCAGUGGCGAAAGCAUACAGAGUGUAUUUCAGCCCAGGACCAAAGGACGAUGACAAUGAUUACAUUGUAAGUCAUGAUGCUCACAGCAAAUCGUGAAAUCUAUGAGAGCACGGACUCUGGAGUGGUUCUAGGGAAAAGUGCUAAACGUGGAACAAUCAUCAGAAACAUUCCAUUGGUUUAUGUAUAUUAGGUCUACAUAAUCAAAAAUAUUUCUGAGCAUUUUCUCUCAGCUGUAUGAGUCCUGUGAUGUUUGAAGGCUGCAAGACUCACAAUUUCAAGUCCUAUGCCACUAGCCACACUUUAAAAUUUACUCACCACUGCAAUCCUGGAUGAUCCAGAUCUCACACACACCAGGGUAAACUUCUACUCGCUGUUGAUGAGUUGCAAGUGGGAAUUUUGGGCACUGUUGUAUGAAGAUUAGGAAGACCUGUAAUAAAAGGAGUGGAUACAUAAAGCAGUCUUCCUGUGUACAUAGACUGCUGAUAAACUGUUUCACAGAAUUCUACUUUGAACAGAGGUUGUGUUCCGGAAGGUUGAAAUUAUUCUGAAAGUUACAUCUGGGCUAAAAUGUUCUAUUAGCCAUAAGUGAGUGAAAAUGUAACACUGGCUUGUAAAACCUUGACCCUUGAUGAAAAUGCUAUGAAUUGCAGACAUGUGUAACUUUUAAGGCCUGGUUAGUAGUGUAGGACUUUAAAGGACCACUAUAGGCACCCAGACAACUUCAGGUUAAUGAAGUGGUGUGGGUGCCUGGUCCAUCUAGGGUUAACCUUUUUUUCUAUAAACAUAGCAGUUUCAGAGAAACUAUGUUUACAUAUGGGUUAAUCCAGCCUCUAGUGGCUGUCUCAUUGACAGCCGCUAGAGGGCUUCCGCGUUUCUCACUGUGAAAAUCAUUGUGAAUGCUUUCCUAUGGAUUGGCUGAAUGCGCGCAGUUCCUGCCACGCAUGCGCAUUCAGCCGGAGAGGAGGAGGAGAGCUCCCAGCCCGGCGCUGGAGAAAGAGGUAAGUUUAACUCCUUCCUCUCCAUCCAGCCCAGCGGGAGGAGGACCCUGAGGGUGGGGGCACCCUCAGGGCACUAUAGUGCCAGGAAAAUGAGUAUGUUUUCCUGGCACUAUAGUGGUCCUUUAGUUUUAACCUCCGAUUUACUUAGCAGUAGUAUUCAUUUAUAGUUAAUUUUAUUUGCCAACUUUUAUGGUGCACAAUCUCAAGACUUCCAUUUUUCACUAUUGCACAAAAUACAAUAUAAUAAUGUCCCCAUAAGCUUUGUUGAUCUUGACAAAAUAAUUUUUUGUACAUUUCCUUUUAUUCAAUGGUAGUUUUUGCUAUUUAAAGUUGCUCCUUUAAAUGGCCAAAAAGUCAGAUUGUAUUUGAAGCCAGAGAAUGGGAAUGAUUUAGAUAAUCUGUAACAAUGUGAAGUGGAACGCAUUCAGGAAUGAGAAAAAAUGAGACAUGAGUUGUAUGCUUGUAUGGGAAUCUUUGCCUUGUAUUGGCAGUGAGAGUUGGCAUGCAGUGGUUAUCGGGCACCAUCUUUCCUUCGGGGGCUAAACUGUUCUUUAACCCUAACGUGGGUCCCCCAUUGCCUGAAAGAUCUGUCUACGAUUUUUCUUCCUUUCUUUUCCUCUGUCUGCCGUACACUCCAGAAUGGUUUGCCUUGGUAGCCAGUGAUAGGCUGAGAGAGACGGGGUGGAAGUGUUCCUCUAAGGGUUUUGGUUAUGCACAGAAUAUUUAUUUGUAUUGUGAGCAAGAUCUCCCACCUUAAACUGAAUUAGAAUUUUUACAAAGUGGUCGAAUUUCCGGAGUCAUGACAAGUUUGUUUCUCUUCCUUUGCAGGUGGAUCACACAAUCAUUAUGUAUCUGAUUGGACCAGAUGGAUCCUUUGUUGAUUAUUAUGGACAAAAUAAAAAUAACGCAGAGAUUUCUGUCUCUAUCGGAACCCAUAUGCGCAAAUUCAAACACACGAGUUAGUAUGGCCUGCCGACUGUAAAGAGCUUGUACUGAUGGAGUUUGGAGUAAAAAUCAAAUGAAUUUAUUAUUUUUAUAAACAAAACUUUGUUUUCCUUUAUACUCUCUGAGAUUAUUUGGUACUUUUGCCAUGUGUUUGUUUUGUCAUACAUUUACCAUUUAUUUAUAUAGAAGUGCCCCUGUGCAUACUCUAUAACAUUUCCUUUAAAGGACUGAUGGGGCUUUCUUCUGAUACAAUCAACGUAAUUUACUAAAGUCAGAAAUGUCACUGCUGCCUCCGGUUUUUCUUUUCUUUUUUUUUUUUUUUACACACAUGCUACUUUUUCGUGUAUAUCCCAUGGGUGUAAAGACCCCAGAUUUCUAUUAUGCCACUACUGCGGAGUACAGCAAUACCCCAAUGUAAAGUUAUAAAGUCAAAUUGCAGAUCUGUCCGUUUCAUUUUCCAAUUUUCACUGACUGAUUUUCUGGGACCAUGUCACUUUGGGGACAAAAUCGGAGUCCACAGCUGAAUAUUUCCUCCUAUUAUGGCAUAGUGGUUUUUAAAAUAUUUAAUAUGGUGUAUUGUCAUUUCAUUACCAAUUUGUUAAAUAAUGUGCUUUAAAUUUUAUUAUAAUAUUUUUUUUCUUUUUAUAUAUACGCUACGGAAUUUUGCUGGCGCUAUAUAAAUUAUAAUAUAUAGCAGUUCGAAUUAUCUUCUGAAUUAAGCAAUACACACGUAUUCCAGGUUUUGAUGGGUGAAGUUAUUAGUCACAUCACCCAGUAGGAGAUGUGUCCUAACUUUGACGUUGCCCUUAGCUUGUUUCUCAACUAUUUUCUUGUUUCCUGUUUUUAUUUAGUGACACUAUAUCUGUCUUCAAAAUGACACGAUUUCGAACUCUCCCGUUAUCCUGACUAACCCUAACACAAACCAUUUGAUCUUAAGUAGAUUAGCCGUAACAACCAUAAUUAGGUCUAACCCUUACCUAUUCACUAUUUAUUAGAUUGACCCUAGCUAAACCUAACUAAUCCAGGAUAAAAGUAACCCUACUGGUAAUCCUAAUUGAAACGUACGUACCCUAGCUAACAUUGUAGAUUGAUUUUUCCCAGGGACCUAGUCACAGUAAUGAUAUUCCUCAUACGAUAUUUAUGGCAUGCCAUUACUGUGAUUGGCUCCCAGGUGAUCUUUCAGACAGGGGUCCAAUCAGAGAGCCUUGCUGGGCUGCCUCAUUCAAAGACCCUGCCCCCUUUAAAAAAAAAAAAAAAAAAAAAGUGCAAAAUAAGGACAAACAGAAAAAUCUGCUUUAACUUUUCUCUAGUCAUAUUAUUUCUCUACAAAUUAGUUAAAACUUUUUUUU